GAAGGAGGAAGUCUGCUAAGGAUUGGUGUUAUUCUGUGUGUGAACUCUUUACAUUGCCUCAAUGUGCAGUAUUCUACUAAAGUAGUCCAUAACCAAGUAGACUGAAUUAUAGCCAGAGAUUUUUCACUUUUGUAUGCCACAAAUGUAAGCUCCAUAAAUCAUUUUUAGGAAAUUACUGAUGCUGUGUCUUGAUACAAGAUGCCAGUGUUUUUCUGUGAAUGAUACAGAACAAUAUAUUGUGAACAAUAAACAGUUGAAGUUGAUCUGUACUUUAACUAAGAAAACCUGAAGAUGAGCUGGUUUAAUUUCCACCGCAUUCAUGGUUUCCCCACACAGUAUGAGGAGAGUAAAACAGCAGUUACUGCUGAUGUGUUAGAAGCAGGACUGAUUUUGUCUUUUGUCAUCCUUGCCGUUUCAUUUUAUUUAGUGAUACCAGGAUAUAAAGGGAAGGAAAGACUUUGGAUAUGCUUAAGGACAACACUGAGCCUGUUUGUUGGUGUCACACUGAUGCUUGGAAACUUUGGGCAAGAAUGGGAAACUGGUGAUGUCAGUGCAAAAACCCCUUACAAAGCUGGAACUCCAAAGGAGAUAAACGCCAUCAUAGGUGUCAAACUAGGAUUGCGUUCCGUCAAUGUCACUCUUAAACAGGAAGGAGGACAGAACACAUCAGAUGAUAAAGCUCUCAAAGAUGAAAUUAUCAACUAUAAUGAACGUUUUACCUGGGAGUGGGACCAAGGAAUAUUUGGUUUUGGGCCACGAGCUGGCCAGUUGCAACGUGAAUUUCGCCAUGGUCAGCUGAUUGGGCUUCCUAUCCCAAUCUUGUGGAUUAUUGAUUACCUUGUCAUUGAUGGAGAAGGCUUCAGAUUUGGUCGUUAUUAUCGGACUGCUGGCUGGUACGCCCACAUUGCUAUGUGGUCUGCAUUUCCAUGCUGGUUGGUAGCCAAUCUAUCCUUUUUGCAUGUGGUGCGCUAUGGAGGAUAUUUCAUGGUGCUUACAGGCUUCUUCCAGAUACUAGCCUGCAUCCUGUGGGCAUCAAUACGAAAUUAUCAAGAGCUAGCAAUACCUAUCGGGAAAGAAGUUCUUGUGACACACUUUGGCUUUCAUUUUUGGCUUGUGCUCAUUGUAGGAGUGCUGGUGGUUAUCCUUGGUCUGCUGAUAACUUAUCUUGACCUUCACUAUCCAGAUGAUCUGGCAGUAUUCUUUGGGCUUGAUCCAUUGUCUGAAUAUGAAGAAUACCAUCUGACUGCUGAGGAAUUUGGGAAAGUUGGUCAGCAAAUUUCAACUCAGAGUCAACAAGACAUUAUUGAAAUGGGAAAUAUGCCUGGUGAACCAAGUGAGCUGAAAACUAAGGUUGUAUUCAAGAGGAGAGGAACAGUAACAAAAGCCCAGAAAACUCUAUUUAGGACACCUCUGGAACCAUCUACUUUGGCAGAUGAUGACCCAUCCGUGGGCCACAGCAGAUGGGGAAGCAGUUCUCCAGCAACCCAUGAUGGGCCACUCUUGUCAUUAGACAACUGACAGUAUUAUAAACAGACAUAUUUGAAAUACUUAUGAGUAAAUAAUAAAUGAUUUUGAAACUAAAUUCUCAGAAGAAUGGAAAUGUUCUUGUCCAGUUUAUUGGUAUGGAGAGCAAAAAGCAUAGUGUAAGUGUAAGUGCAAGUGUUAGUGUUAGUGUAGAACAUUUACCAAAAUGUCAAAUCCACAUAUAAGUAUUUUAAAGGUUGUUAUGAAAAUAAACAAUGUCCAAUAGAGAGUUUUAUUAUAAUAAAUUGUGGCAGUGUGUUACUCAGUCUGUAUCUCUGUCCACCA